CUUACGAUAAUCAUCCACAUCUCUCUUCAAUUCCAAAUUUCCCAAUUUCAAAACCCUAAUAUUUUUUCAACCAAAUUCCAAAUCACAUCAAUGGCGCCAAAGGGAGAGAAGAAGCCAGCAGAGAAGAAACCCGCAGAGGAGAAGAAGACGACAGUAGCAGAAAAAGCUCCGGCGGAGAAGAAACCAAAGGCCGGAAAGAAGCUUCCUAAAGAAGUUGGCUCUGCCGCCACCGGAGACAAGAAGAAGAAGAGAAACAAGAAGAGCGUUGAAACAUACAAGAUCUACAUCUUCAAAGUUUUGAAACAAGUUCACCCUGACAUCGGUAUCUCAAGCAAAGCCAUGGGAAUCAUGAACAGUUUCAUUAACGACAUUUUUGAGAAGCUUGCUCAAGAAUCUUCAAGACUCGCUCGCUACAACAAGAAGCCAACAAUCACUUCUAGGGAAAUUCAGACCGCUGUCAGACUUGUUCUUCCCGGAGAAUUGGCUAAACAUGCCGUCUCCGAGGGAACCAAAGCAGUGACCAAGUUUACCAGUUCUUGAAUGUAAACAAUUUGAUGAGUUGUUUUGGCUAUUAAUGUUUUAUUAUAAUUACCUAUGUCUUUUAGUAUUAGAUCUGGGUUAGGUUUUUAAUGUGUAAUUUUCUAUGAAUCAAUUAAUGGAUUUUUAUGUAAUGAAUGAAUGUAUUAUGUAUGUAUCGAUCUUACCAUUUGCGUCAAAUGAUCUUGGAUUAUGUUUUGGUAUUUUA